GCAAUGUGUCCCACCGGCCGGGCGUAGCCGCUGCGCGUGCGCGGAACCGUGGGGCCAUGAGCGAAGCCGGCGGCGGCCGGGGCUGUGGGUCCUCGGUCCCCCAGCGAGCGCCAUGGAGCCUAGUGGCGGCGACGGCUGCGUUCUGCCUGGUGUCGGCCACGUCCGUGUGGACGGCGGGGGCCGCGCCCAUGAGUAGGGAGGAGAGACAGAAGCUUGGGAAUCAAGUACUGGAAAUGUUUGAUCAUGCUUAUGGUAACUAUAUGGAACAUGCUUACCCAGCUGAUGAACUCAUGCCUUUAACCUGUAGAGGUCGCGUUAGAGGCCAGGAGCCAAGUCGGGGUGAUGUUGAUGAUGCCUUGGGGAAAUUUUCCCUGACACUGAUUGAUUCUUUGGACACUCUUGUGGUAUUAAAUAAAACUAAAGAAUUUGAAGAUGCGGUGAGAAAAGUUUUAAGAGAUGUUAAUUUAGAUAAUGAUGUAGUUGUAUCAGUCUUUGAAACAAACAUCAGAGUUCUUGGGGGUCUUUUGGGUGGACACUCACUGGCAAUCAUGCUGAAAGAAAAAGGGGAGCACAUGCAGUGGUACAAUGAUGAACUUCUCCAAAUGGCCAAGCAAUUGGGUUACAAACUUUUACCAGCUUUCAAUACUACCAGUGGCCUUCCUUAUCCAAGAAUUAAUUUAAAGUUUGGUAUCAGAAAACCAGAAGCUCGGACUGGAACUGAGACAGAUACCUGUACAGCUUGUGCAGGUACCUUGAUCCUUGAGUUUGCGGCUUUAAGUCGAUUCACAGGAGCAACAAUAUUUGAGGAAUACGCAAGAAAAGCUCUUGAUUUUCUCUGGGAGAAAAGACAACGAAGUAGUAAUUUAGUGGGUGUGACUAUAAAUAUUCAUACUGGAGACUGGGUAAGAAAAGAUAGUGGAGUUGGAGCAGGGAUUGAUUCAUAUUAUGAAUAUCUAUUGAAAGCCUAUGUCUUGCUUGGAGAUGACAGUUUUCUGGAAAGAUUUAAUACACACUACGAUGCCAUAAUGAGGUACAUUAGCCAGCCACCUCUUCUGCUUGAUGUACACAUCCACAAGCCAAUGCUGAAUGCUCGAACUUGGAUGGAUGCUUUGCUCGCCUUUUUUCCAGGUUUGCAGGUCUUAAAGGGGGAUAUUAGACCUGCUAUUGAAACUCAUGAAAUGUUAUAUCAGGUGAUAAAAAAACAUAAUUUCCUACCAGAGGCAUUUACCACAGAUUUCAGGGUACAUUGGGCUCAACAUCCUUUAAGACCAGAAUUUGCAGAAAGUACCUACUUCUUGUAUAAAGCUACAGGAGAUCCUUACUACCUUGAAGUAGGGAAAACACUUAUUGAAAAUUUAAAUAAAUAUGCUAGAGUGCCUUGCGGAUUUGCUGCCAUGAAGGAUGUUCGUACUGGAAGUCAUGAGGACAGGAUGGAUUCUUUCUUCUUGGCUGAGAUGUUUAAGUAUCUUUACCUGUUAUUUGCUGAUAAAGAAGACAUUAUUUUUGAUAUAGAAGAUUACAUCUUUACAACAGAAGCUCAUCUGUUACCUCUUUGGCUCUCUACUACAAAUCAAAGUAUCUCUAAGAAGAAUACAACUUCAGAAUAUACAGAACUGGAUGACAGUAAUUUUGACUGGACUUGUCCAAACACUCAGAUUCUCUUUCCUAAUGACCCACUGUAUGCUCAGAGUAUUCGUGAACCCUUGAAAAAUGUGGUGGAUAAGAGCUGUCCUAGAGGCAUCAUCAGAGUAGAGGAGAGUUUCAGGAGUGGAGCUAAACCCCCUCUGAGAGCCAGAGAUUUCAUGGCCACUAACCCUGAACAUUUAGAAAUCUUGAAGAAGAUGGGGGUGAGUUUGAUUCACCUCAAAGAUGGGAGAGUCCAGUUGGUUCAACAUGCAAUCCAAGCUGCUAGUUCAAUUGAUGCUGAAGAUGGGUUGAGGUUCAUGCAGGAGAUGAUUGAAUUGUCAAGUCAGCAACAGAAAGAACAGCAGCUUCCUCCACGGGCUGUACAAAUUGUUUCCCACCCAUUUUUUGGCAGGGUAGUGUUAACUGCUGGACCAGCUCAGUUUGGGCUAGAUCUGUCUAAACAUAAAGAGACAAGAGGAUUUGUUGCAAGCAGUAAACCAUACAAUGGUUGUUCAGAGCUUACUAACCCCGAGGCAGUGAUGGGAAAAAUCGCUUUGAUACAAAGAGGACAGUGCAUGUUUGCAGAAAAGGCUCGCAACAUUCAGAAUGCUGGUGCCAUUGGUGGCAUUGUUAUUGAUGACAAUGAGGGGAGCAGCAGUGAUACUGCCCCUCUGUUCCAGAUGGCGGGUGAUGGAAAAGACACAGAUGACAUCAAGAUCCCCAUGCUGUUCUUAUUCAGUAAAGAAGGAAGUAUCAUACUGGAUGCCAUCCGGGAGUAUGAGGAGGUGGAAGUGCUUCUUUCUGACAAAGCAAAAGAUAGAGCAGCAAUAUUAAAAGGUAAAAUGAUUCCAAGCUACAUUAUUAAUAGUAAUCCUGAAAUGGAAAGUGAAGAACAACCAUCCUCUGAAAACGAUUCUCAGGAUCAGAGUGCUGAAGAGAUUACGCCAAGUUCUCAGGAGGUUGGUUUGGUUGAACAAGAGUCUCCUGAGGAAAGUUCUCUAAACUCAGAACCAGAAUCAUCAUCUCCAGCAGAUACGGACAAUGCUGCAAGCGUUUCUGCUUCUGAACAGAAUUCUAACCCCAUGGAGAACCAUGAGACUACAAGUCUUGAUGGUGAAUGUUCAGAUUUAGAUAACCAACUCCAGGAACAAUCAGAAACUGAGGAAGAUUCCAAUCCUAAUGUUAGCUGGGGUAAAAAGGUCCAGCCUAUAGACUCCAUAUUAGCAGACUGGAAUGAAGAUAUAGAAGCAUUUGAAAUGAUGGAGAAAGAUGAACUAUGACUCACUAAAGAAUCUGGUGGUAGGUAUUUAAAAAGAAAAGGCAAACUGUGGUUCACAGACACCCUGAUACUAAGCAGGCUCUCUAGUGGGAGUCUUUAAGUAUGGUGAUGAGUAACCACGUUCUGACUGAGAUAGUGGUCAUAGGAAUCUGGAGCAUGCUGUGUUAGAACUGACCUUGCUUAAAACCGUCCCAUCCAAAAUGGAAACUCACAGUCCCUCCCCCACCCUGACUCCCACCCUGUGACAGCAUCACACCACCCUGCAGCACUUCAGGCCAGGAAAAGAUUGCUGGGCAUUCCUAGGAGCCAGAUUUCUGUGCAGUCUCUGGAUAGACAAGAAACAAAUUCAGUUGAUGGUGGAGUGGAGAAUAGGAAUUUGUUAGCUUUCUAGUUAAGGGAAGCUUGACUUUACUCGUUUUGGGGGUUAGAGGCUCUUUUGGGAAAAUACGUAUGAUAUUGUGGGCAUUCUGGUUUUGCUGCCUUCACAAAAACACUCAAGUGACCCAAGUGGUUAUGAAGCAGAUGCGUUUAUGAUGAAAAUGGGCUUUGCUCAUCACUUCCACUUGCUUCAUCGUGAAACAAAUGAUCAAGAUGUCUUGAUUUUUUUCCUCUCUUAACAGUGUCCUUUUUGUUUAAACUAAAGGUGAACCCAGUGUACUUUCUCAGUGAGUUCUCUGCAUAAAGGUUAAUCAUUGGGACCAGGUAAAAAGGUCAUAUAUUAUGGAAAUUGGUUACUUAAUACUUAGGAAAAAUGGAACAAGGGAGAAACUAUAAUGUAAUAUGAACUUGCCAUUGGGCCUUCCGUAGGGAGAGCCAUGACUACUCUGAAAUGGAACUUAAAGUUCUAUCCUUGUCGGGUAAAUUAUAAAUCUUUUCCUGUUCAUUUCUCUUAGAGGUGAUUACCUCUAGCCAUCAGCCUUAUUACUCCAUCCCAUGUUUAGUAUGCAAUUUGAGCCACAAGGGCCAUACCGCCAAUAGCUGAAUACAUUUUGUUCCAUUUUUCUAUUUUAGGGAGCCAUAAUGAAACUGUGGUAGUGAUCUAAAAAUCCUAGGGAAACUACUAUUUUUCUUCUUUGAAACUAUGGUUUCUAAAGAUGCACCUAAGGAAUCUGUCACAUUUUCUGUUUGAAUCAUGGUUUUUGAGUUUGUUUUUUUUUUUACUUUUUUUUUUUUUUAACAG